UCUCUGGCCAGUUGCGAACAUCACCUUUUAGGAUUUGGACGCGAAGGAAAACGGCUUUUGGACGAUCGCCCGGACGAUGCGAGCGUGCUUAUGUAACAAAACAAUGAGAAGCGGAAUGCAAAUACAGCAACUAAUUAAAUCGUCAAUGCAAACCAUGUUGUAAUGUGAAAAAAAAAGAAGAGAUAGUGCGCCGCGUGUGAAACCUCCCUCGACUGCUGCGUGUUCGCACGAAGAGAACCGUUCGGGCGGAACGCUUUAGCCUAUGGAUGCCGCCGAUCAAUCAACUGCAGCCGAUUUGACCUGGUCGCGAUAGUCUGCACACGGCCUGAUAAAACCACUGACCGCUGGUAGGUUUACAGUUUAUACUGAUUCGGAAGUUCUAGCGUAAACAUCGAACCGCAGCAAGUUCUAAGUGAUCGUCUGCAAGCCACGAGUAACUUUGAUCGAUUCUGCGAUGGGUGGCAUCGUAUCGCGUGUGUUUCGCGUUUAUCCCGACGAGAAUUGCAUGAAGUGCCAACGAACCUGUUGCGUCUGUCUGGACGCGAAUCUGGAGGUGACCCAGCGUCGGCUAUGGCGCUUGGAAGCUCGAGAACGUCGACGCAGUCGGGUACUGGCUUUGGAUUUUACCGACGAAGACGAAGAUGAUCUGGAGGACGCCAUGCGACUGCUGCGUAGACAGCGAACUCUGCGUAGGAAUCGAGCGCGACAGCAGGAUAAUCAGCAGCAAGACGAUGAACCGCAGCAACCUCAAGGACAACAGAACACAAGGCGCCAACAACAACCGCAACAGCCCCAGCAACAGCCACAACAACAGCCACAACAACAGCCACAACAACAGCCACAACAGCCGCAACAACAGCAACAGCAGCAGCAGCAGGAGGAAGAGCCCGAGGAAGAGCAGCAGCAACAGCCAGCUCCUCGAAGACAACCCGCCCCACGCAGACAGCGUCAGCAGCAGCAACGACAGCAACAGCAGGAUGAACCAGAAGAGGAAGAAGAAGAAGAAGAACAGCAACCACAGCCACGACGACAGCAGCGUAAUCAACGCAGACAACAACAGCAGAAUCAACAACAAGACGACGAUAACGGUGACGAAGAGGAGGAAGAACAACCACCACGAAGACGCCAACAAGCUCAGAGACGCACCCAACGGCGUGGCAAUCGACGACAACCGGAACAAGAAGAAGAAGAACCAGAAGAGGAAGAACAGGAACAACCUAGACGUAGACAAAACCGCCAACAGCCGCGGCCGCAGCGUAGACGACGUCCCCAAGAGGAGGAAGAAGAUGACGAGCAGGACGAAGAAGAAGAACAGCAGCCCGCAAGACCAGCGAAACGUCGACAGUCCCAACGUCGAAAUCAACGCCGAAAUCGAGACCAAUCUGAGGAAGAAGACGAUGAAGAAUCUGAGAAGGAAAGUGAACAACGCCGAACGACGCGUCGACGAGACUCGCAGCGUCGCCGUUGUCGAGAUCGUCGGGAUGAACCGUCCGAUGGAGAUGAAUCGAGUGAAGAUGAUCGUGCUGAACGACGUCGCGAUCGUCGUCGGGAAAAGGAGCGGCAGCAGCAGAAAAAAUCAGACAAAGAUCGGCGCUGUCAUCAGGCUCUGUGCCGCCAAGGCUCAAUUCGUCGGCCUUCCGUCCCGGUGCUGCCCCAGCCACGUGAACAAGAACCUCCGGUCGCUCAGGGUCCGAACGUCCGCCGAUUGGUCGCUUGUUACGAGCUGAUGCGCUCCGACAUCAGUGAAAGUGAUUCGCAAUCGUUGCAGAAUAUGCUCUGCCAGGUGGAUGACCACCCGAUGCGAGACUCCACGCGCCGCAAAGAACGAUGCUGUAAAGCUAUCCUCCAAUUUAUCGAUUUCUCAUUCUAUUCACAUUUGAUUAGAGAAAACUAAAGCGAUUU